ACAUACAUUUUCAAUUCGCCACUUAUUAUUGUUUCAUUUUCUCUCCUCCAAAACACAAAGGUCUACAAAAAUGGCUAAGUCUACAACAUUUUUUCUUCUAAACUGUUCAUUAGUACUACUAGUGUUGUUCAAUGGCUGCAUGGGCCAAGGAAGGAUCACUAAACAAGGCAACCAGUGCCAAUUCGACCGGCUAACCGCCCUCGAACCGACGAACCGGAUUCAGGCCGAGGGAGGGCUAACUGAGGUAUGGGACACUCAGGACCAGCAGUUCCAAUGCUCCGGUGUGUCUGUUGUUAGGCGCACCAUUGAGCCUAAUGGUCUCCUUUUGCCUUCUUUUACUUCUGGUCCUGAGCUCAUUUACAUUGAGCAAGGGAGGGGAAUCAGCGGUUUGAUGAUCCCUGGAUGCCCUGAGUCGUUUGAAUCGAUGUCACAACAACAAUUUGGCGAAGAGCGAAUGGAGCGAGGCCAAAUGAGGGGUGGUAGCUACCAAGACCAGCACCAGAAGAUCAGGCACUUACGACAAGGUGACAUUUUCGCCUUGCCGUCCGGAGUUGCUCACUGGGCCUACAAUCAUGGGGAUGAGCCUCUUGUUGCUAUUGUGCUCAUUGACACCAGCAACCAAGCUAACCAACUUGACAAGGACUAUCCCAGGAGAUUCUACCUUGCUGGUAAACCCCAACAAGAGCACGGGCAACACCAAUACAGGGCCGGGGAAAGCCAAAGGGGCGAACGCGGCACCGGAAACGUAUUCAGUGGGUUCGACACCAGGACCCUAGCGGAAUCCUUCGGAGUUAGUGAGGAGAUUGCACAAAGGCUCCAAGCCGAGCAAGAUGACAGAGGCAACAUCGUCCGAGUUCAAGAGGGUCUGCAUGUGAUCAAGCCACCAAGCAGGUCAUGGGAGGAAAGAGAACAACGCCGUGGCUCAAGGUAUAAUGGCUUGGAGGAGACCAUAUGCUCGGCUCGCCUAAGCCAGAACAUCGACGACCCGUCGAAAGCCGACAUUUACACCCCUGAAGCUGGAAGGCUUACCAGCAUUAACAGCUUCAACCUCCCCAUCCUUAGCUACCUUCAUUUGAGUGCUGAGAAGGGUGUCCUUUACAGGAAUGGAAUAAUGGCACCUCACUACACCCUAAAUGCCCACACCAUAGUGUACGGUGUCCGAGGGCGAGGACGCAUCCAAAUUGUGAACUCCCAAGGCAACUCAGUAUUCGACGACGAGCUAAGACAAGGCCAAUUGGUGGUGGUACCACAGAACUAUGCGGUGAUUAAGCAAGCCACCGACGAAGGGUUUGAAUGGGUCGGCUUCAAGACUUGUUACAAUGCCAUGAUCCAAACACUAGCAGGGCGAACCUCCGCCAUUCGUGCCAUGCCCGUGGAAGUCAUCUCUAACAUCUAUCAAAUCUCUCGCGAGCAGGCUUACCGCCUCAAGUUCAGCCGAUCCGAGACCACCCUCUUCCGCUCUGAGGGCCAAGCCUACCAGAGGAGGCUUGAUGCUUAAGAAGUGUAUCAUGUAAUGUGAAAGUACGUCUAGGUUUUUUUUAGGAUGAAAAUAAGUUAAAAUAAAGGUACUCCUUUAGAAGGGCCCUUGUUUUGAAGGUGUUUUGUUAAGAGCUUUGGAGUUAAACAUGUCAAUCAAUGUAGAGAGUUUCUCAAUCUAACUUUCGGUAAAUAAGACCAUUUCCAUGCA